GGCGAGCCGGCCUUCCCCUCCCUGCGUUCUCCGGGGUGCCUGGAGAAUAAGAUUACAAGUGACAGCCAGAAGUAGACUUUCUGUCCUCACACCGAAGAACCCCAGCGAGCAGGAGGGAGGGAGGGAAGCGAGGGGAACCUUUCUUGCCUUUCUGGAGACCUUGUCCGCAGUGAUUUUUUUUUUUUUUUUUUUUUUUCCUUUUUAAGAGAAUCCUCAGUCACCACCUCGCCUCCCCAGCACCGCCACAGUGUACUGCUCUUAACGGGUUUUGCUUUGUUUUUACGAUUCUCCCCCCCCCCCCCGAACGAAUCACUUGUCAGAUCAAUUUUAUCUUCUCUCUCCUCCCACUCUCCCCUCCUCCCCCAUCGAAAACCCCGUUCUCUGAGGUUAGACAUUUUACAAACCAUAUAUGUUGUUUUUCGAAUUGCGAUUUUUUUUUUUUAACCCCUCUCUCCCAUGGCUACUCUUCCAGACGUUUAUCGGCCCUUCCCCCGCUUAGGGGGGCGGGGGUAAGGGAAGAGAAAAUAAUACAAUUUCAGGGGAAGUCGCCUUCAGGUCUGCUGCUUUUUUUUUUUUUUAAUUAAAAAAAAAAAAAAAAGGACGUAGAAAACAUCAUUCUUGAACUUCUCUUCAAGAACCCGGGCUGCAAAGGAAACCUUUGUUUUUGUUAUUUAUAUGCUGUCAAGUUUUGAAGUGGUGAUCUUUAGAGAGUAACUGAGUAUGGAUCAUUUGAACGAAGCAACUCAGGGGAAAGAACAUUCAGAAAUGUCUAACAAUGUGAGUGAUCCGAAGGGUCCACCAGCCAAGAUUGCCCGCCUGGAGCAGAACGGGAGCCCGCUAGGAAGAGGAAGGCUUGGGAGCACAGGUGCAAAAAUGCAGGGAGUGCCUUUAAAACACUCGAGUCAUCUGAUGAAAAGCAACCUUAGGAAAGGAACCAUGCUACCGGUUUUCUGCGUGGUGGAACAUUAUGAAAAUGCCAUUGAGUACGAUUGCAAGGAGGAGCAUGCAGAAUUUGUGUUGGUGAGGAAGGAUAUGCUUUUCAACCAGCUGAUUGAAAUGGCCUUGCUGUCUCUGGGUUAUUCACAUAGCUCUGCUGCCCAGGCCAAAGGGCUAAUCCAGGUUGGAAAGUGGAAUCCAGUCCCACUGUCUUAUGUGACUGAUGCCCCUGAUGCUACGGUAGCAGAUAUGCUUCAAGACGUGUAUCAUGUGGUCACAUUGAAAAUUCAGUUACACAGUUGCCCCAAACUAGAAGACCUGCCUCCGGAACAGUGGUCCCACACCACCGUCAGGAACGCGCUGAAGGACUUACUGAAGGAUAUGAAUCAGAGUUCCUUGGCCAAGGAGUGCCCCCUCUCACAGAGUAUGAUUUCUUCCAUUGUGAACAGCACUUACUAUGCAAAUGUCUCAGCAGCAAAAUGUCAAGAAUUUGGAAGGUGGUACAAACAUUUCAAGAAGACAAAAGAUAUGAUGGUGGAAAUGGAUAGUCUCUCUGAACUAUCCCAGCAAGGUGCCAACCACGUCAACUUUGGCCAGCAGCCGGUCCCAGGGAACACCGCGGAGCAGCCCCCGUCCCCCGCGCAGCUCUCCCAUGGCAGCCAGCCCUCUGUCCGGACCCCUCUUCCCAACCUGCACCCUGGGCUCGUGUCAACGCCCAUCAGUCCUCAGUUGGUCAACCAGCAGCUGGUGAUGGCUCAGCUGCUGAACCAGCAGUAUGCAGUGAACAGACUUCUAGCCCAGCAAUCCUUAAACCAACAGUACUUGAACCACCCUCCCCCUGUCAGUAGAUCUAUGAAUAAGCCUUUGGAGCAACAGGUUUCCACCAACACAGAGGUGUCUUCCGAAAUCUACCAGUGGGUACGUGACGAACUGAAACGGGCAGGAAUCUCCCAGGCAGUAUUUGCACGUGUGGCUUUUAACAGAACUCAGGGCUUGCUUUCAGAAAUCCUACGAAAGGAAGAGGACCCCAAGACUGCAUCCCAGUCUUUGCUGGUAAACCUUCGGGCUAUGCAGAAUUUCUUGCAGUUACCGGAAGCUGAGAGAGAUCGAAUUUACCAGGAUGAAAGGGAAAGGAGCUUGAAUGCAGCCUCAGCGAUGGGCCCUGCCCCCCUGAUAAGCACACCGCCCAGCCGCCCUCCCCAGGUGAAAACAGCUACCAUUGCCACUGAGAGGAAUGGGAAACCAGAGAACAAUACCAUGAACAUUAAUGCUUCCAUUUACGACGAGAUUCAGCAGGAAAUGAAGCGCGCUAAAGUUUCCCAAGCUCUGUUUGCAAAGGUGGCAGCAACCAAAAGCCAGGGGUGGCUGUGUGAGCUAUUACGCUGGAAAGAAGAUCCUUCUCCAGAAAACAGGACCCUGUGGGAGAACCUCUCCAUGAUCCGAAGGUUCCUCAGUCUCCCUCAGCCUGAACGCGAUGCCAUUUAUGAACAGGAGAGCAACGCGGUGCAUCACCAUGGCGACCGGCCGCCCCACAUCAUCCAUGUGCCCGCAGAGCAGAUUCAGCAGCCGCAGGCGCAGCCGCAGCCGGCGCCGCCCCCCGCGCAGGCGCAGGUGCAGCAGCCUCCGGCCGGGCCCCGGCUACCCCCGCGGCAGCCCACCGUGGCCGCGCCCGCCGAGGCGGAGGACGAAAGCCGGCCGAAGGCACGGCCGCGGACCAAGAUCUCGGUGGAGGCGCUGGGCAUCCUACAGAGUUUCAUCCAGGACGUGGGCCUGUACCCGGACGAGGAGGCCAUCCAGACGCUGUCCGCUCAGCUGGACCUGCCCAAGUACACCAUCAUCAAGUUCUUUCAGAACCAGCGGUACUAUCUCAAACAUCACGGCAAGCUGAAGGACAACUCGGGCCUGGAGGUGGACGUGGCCGAGUACAAGGAAGAGGAGUUGCUUAAGGAUUUGGAGGAGAGUGUCCAAGACAAAAAUGCUAACACCCUUUUCUCCGUGAAACUAGAAGACGAGCUGGCGGUGGAAGGGAACACAGACAUUAACGCCGACGUCAAAGACUGAGAUGAAAGUCUUCUUUUCCUCCAUCAGCACCAGUGAAAUUGACUAACGACGCGGAAGGUCCACCCCUGUACUCGCUCAGCAAACCUUGUUGUCCAUUGUUUGGCCAAUGAAUCUUCAGAAACUUGCACAAACAGGAAAGUCGAGAAAGGAUGAUACAGACUGCACUAAGCGUUUUGCUCUCUUUUACAAACUGCUUGGCAGCCCCAGGUGAAGCAUCGGAUUGUUUGGUAUUAAAAAUGAAAAUUUGUGUUCACGAAACACACCCAGGUGUGUACCCCGUAAGCAUGAUACCAGUGAUUUUGUUUUUUUUAAUUAUUAUUCUGGAGCCUCAAACAAGCAUUAUAACUUCUGUGAUUAUUAUUUCCUUCCUUUAAUUAUUUCUGUAACACUUCACACUGAUCUUUGGAAACUCACCCCUUGUUUUAAAAAAAAAAAGAAAAAAAGAGUUUGUUACUCUAUUGUAUGUUACAAAAGAACUAUAGACUGUGGAAUGCAGUUUAAAGAUGACAUAUGCCAACAAAUGCCUUGUAUUAUAUGGCACUGCCGUAAUUCAAAUUUGUUUUUAUUUUGGAAAUAAAAGUUCACU